UAAACCAUAAAGUUGGGACAAAUGAAUGAACCAAACUAAGCAAAACUGAGGAUAAGCAAACAACAAAAUAAACUAUGAAAACAAUAUUAGUGAUAUGAAAUCCUUAUGUGAGUUAUAAAGUGAAGACAAAUUAAUGAACUAAACUAAGCAGAACUGAGAAUAAGCAACCGAUGACCACGAAAAAGAAAACCCCCUGCUCACUACGCACACACACACUCACACCCACACCAUUAAAACGACUCAGCUAAAAAGAGCACUAGUCGCGGUACUGCCGGCCUUCAAUGCAGCAGCAGCAGACCCGACCAAACAAAUCGAAACAAAGACUAUGAUUAUUAAUGCUAUUAUAGGCAAAGCAGCAGCGUUCUUGCAGUGUGGGCAAGAAUGGCCGCAGCAGCUCCCGGGUAGGCUGCUAUGCGGCUGGCCAGGGCCCACAGUCCAAUCAAGCAGCGUCUGUAAGUUUCACAAUUGGAUCCCAAUGUAACUGACUGAAUUCAAGCUGUCAUUUAUACUGAAAAAAAAAGCAGGGGAAGUCAAAAGUCAAGAUUAUCUUUAAAUAAACACACAUCAUUUCACAUCUCUGGAGCUGUUUAUUUGUGGUGGGAACGUGAUCUGACCUCAAUCUGUUCUCCCAUAACUGGGUUCCCUUCGCAUACUGGGGUGCAGAAAAGGGAAAUCAACAGUUUCCAGAAGCUACUAGCAAUGAAGUGCAUUGCCUUGUUUAUAUUUAUGCAGACCAAUGAGCGGAGUGAAUAUUCUCACCUGGCUUUUAGUGAUGCAUUUUGGUUCACUUGAUUUUUUUUGGUGUAAAAACAAACCAAACCAAGGCGCAAACGCAAACUAAUGAUGAGUUUGAAAUCAGGGAAUAUGACUGAUUGAGAGGACGCAGCUUUUUUUUUGGAGGAUUUAGAAAUGUAGGGCACUUUCACACUUAACCUGUUUGGUUAAAAAGAACUGUGGUAUGUUUGGUCAAUUGAACUUUGAUGCAGACUAACAACCGGACCAAGACCACCUGAAAUGGUGGGUCUGCUUCCAGGCAGACUCUGGUGUGGUUUGUUUAUAGUCUGAAGCGGUUGUUAGCGUGAUGAUUUGUGAAUCUUAAAGUUGUGAUUUCACGAUUUCAACCAUUAAAUCCAUCUGCAGAUUGUGAACUGUUCAAGUUUUAACAGAUAAACCCUCUUUAUCCCCUUUUCUCCCAAAUUAUAUAACAGACCUGUGUAUAGCCUUAGAUCCCAUGACAGUACUCUUGUAGCUGUUUCAUGGUCCAUAAAGAAGGCCAAAGGUAAGAUUUUACAGUCAAAGACUCUGAGCUUUGAAUUGUUCUCCAGUGUUCAGAAACACAAAAACACUCAGUUUAACCUCUUAAAUCUCUUCUUUAAAACCACAGAGAGCAAGUCUUUCAAAGACAGUCUAAAGUCUGUUUUCUUUUAUUUAAUUAGCCAACAAACUAAACAGCCUGAAAAUUUAUUGUAUGAUCUUUCAGCUUUAGUUCCAAAUAUACAGGCCUACUUUUAUAAGCUUGUUUUAUGGAUUUCAUUUUAUUUCAGUUUUAUGAUUUACUUUGUUUGACAUCUUACUACAACUGCUAACUUCAUGUCAUGAUGGGUGUGGAAAGUGACACGGCAGUUUCUGAACUUGUUUCCAACCGUUUCUCACUUUAACCUCUUCUUCAUCUCUCUGUCUGUUGUGUAACUCCUGAUCCUGUUUGUCCCACAGAUAUUAAGUGGUGUUUUUUUUCAUAUGUGUAACUGUUAUCCCAUCUCAACCACUGCUCUUUAAGUUUUAACCUCUAGAGUAGGCCAGAUUUAUUCCAAUGAUUUCAUGUGUCCCUCAUCUGGAUUAUAUUUAGAUAUGAUUUAACAUUGAUGCAGUUUUGGUAGCUGUGUAGAAAUCUAAUUACAUUUUGGGUUGUGGGGAGUGGGGAUUUGAAGGUAAGAGGGCAUAGCGGAGCUUUCAUUCUGCUACUACAGAUGGAGACAAUGAUGGGAGAAGCAUAACUAUGACAUAUUGUAUGUAACUUGUUGACACAUUCAUUUCCACUUGAUCAGCUUAAGGCCCAAAUGCAUCUCAAAUUACUUUUCACCUUGGAAAGUUGCUUCUGCAUCCUGACACACUUGAUUCUUUGCUUUUGUUUCAUUCAGCAAAGUAAAUAAUACAGUUCCUUGUGUAACAGUGACUGAACAGACUGUUUAACAGUCUGGGAAAUACAGUUAUUUGCUUCCUUGCUGAGGGUUACACCUGGGACACACAGUAUACCUCUACCUGAGCAGUGCAUGCACAUCGCUGAACUGCUGCAGCUCGCAUCAAUAAUGCCAAUGGCCAUCAAUAAUACAAUGUUUUAUAUCAUUUCACUAUAAAUUUCAUUAUAAAGUUAAUUUAUAUUUAGUUUAGACGGAAAAUGGUUGAGAAGCAUGUGCUUAAUUGUGAUAAGUAAAUAAUAUCUGAGGUGAAAGCGGCUCUCUUUCUGUCUGGUCUGGUUGGGGCUACUUCUGUGUCAGCCACAUACACUCCUCACACAGGAGACAAUUAUAUUAAUUAUUGCGCCAGUUAAACCCCCGCUAUCACUGCUCCAAGUGAAGAAAAUCCCCCCCAGACAACACCAAGUUCCACCAAACGAGCCAAACACACUCCGACAAACAAACCUCCAAACUAACUAUCAGGAGGGAAACUGACAACAAAUAAAGAAAAUAACAACACCAAAUCUCUAUCUGGAAGCAGGUAAAACAGCAGGCAGGGGUCCCAGUUUGAACGAAUAUCACAGAAAGCGAGAAGGAGUCGAGAAAAGAAGCUCCGUGUGUCACCGACUCUCACUGCUGGAGUUCCCUGCCAGAGAGUCUCCCUGCCCCAACAUGCAACAUGCAUGCUGACCUGCAGUGGAGACACUGUAUAUUUUUUUCAUGUCUGUGACAUAUUCUACAGAUAUGGACACUGAAACUAUAGUGAAAGGUGUAAUGUUAUUGGUAUUAUUUAAAUAUGACUACACAGAUCAUUUUCACUGUCUAUUUUUGCUUUGAACCACACAUGUCACAUGGAAAAAAUAGGCGAGAUGCCGAAUCUCUAGAAGAUGUACCUCAUGAGACAUGUGGCUGCUCUAACCUGUUAACAUGGACGCUGAAAUGAAAAGCAAGAAGUUCCACGACACACACACGCUGCUCAUGCAGGUAGUGUGUCCCAGUCUCAUACCUGUCAGCACAGUAUGAACUUACAGCCGUUUAGCUUAGCUUAGUAUAAAGAUGGGAAGCAGGGGGAAUCAGCUAGAUUGGUUCUGUCCAAAUGUAAAAUAUUCUAUGAACCCAGAAGCUAGAAAACAUUUUUGACUCAUGCACCAGGUGAAUAGUUUUCAACCGAGUGAUCGGGCUCCAUCUUUGGAUCCAGUAUCCAGUUCCAAUAAUGCAUCCACUGGUAGGAUCUUCUUCAGGACCUUCUUCCUGUGUUUAUGUUUUCGCUCCAGCCCUGGACACAUCUGACCAAUGAGCGGAGUGAAUGUUUUCACAUGGCUUGCAGCGAUGCAUUUUGGUUCGCUUGGAUUUUUCUCUGUGUGUAAAGAAACCAAACCAAGCACCAAGUUUACCAACUCAUCCACUGAUUCGGACCACAGCAAAUGAACUAUAGGUUUGUAAUUGCUUUGUAAAGUGCAAAAGGCCACUUUAGUGUGUUUAUUUUAUUUUUCAAAUUGUACAGUAUGUACUUCUGGUGUAUUGAAUGUAUUGAUUCCUUAAUACUGUCCAGAGUCAUUUUAGGAGUGACUCAGAUGUUUGAUAAAUGAGGACACAGAUCUUUUUUUGAGAAAAUGUAAUAAAUAUUUUCGACAUAAAUAAAACUUGUGACCACUUAAAAUGGGCAAUGUCUCAUUUGCGACCCCUCCUCACAGGUUAUGGGCUGCUCAAAACAUCAGUUGUGAGCAGUGCAACCAAAGAGUGUUUUUCCUUUGGAGGAUUUAUAUUGACCUACAGAGGUGAGGAUACAAAGGAUUUCCCAAGAGAAAAAAUCUGCAAAAAAAGAUGUGUAUAUAUUUUACAUUUCCUGCCCUCUUAUCUCUUAUUAUAAUCAUCUUGUGAACCCGUAGAUUUAUCUUGAGACCCCUUGGGAGGCUCUGAACCCCACGUUGGAAACCGCGAAAACUUUUUCUACUCUUUCACAUCUUAAAGUGACUGACAAAAUCCUAAAAAGAAAAAGGACUGAGAAUGUUUUAGAACUUUAAGCACUGAGAUGUUUGUACUACUUUUUUGAAGUAUGACGACUUCAGACUCAUAUUCAAGUCUGACUUCUGAGUCAUAUCUUCUGGUAGUCGAACACGCAGACAGACACAAAGUAAUCAGACACGUUAUUUCUGAAUAAUUUAUCGCCCCGAUUUGCCACUCUCUCUCUCUCUCUCUCUCUCUCUCUCUCUCCUCUCUUCUCUAUCACUGUCUUUCAUAAACACACACACAAAAGCAAGCAUGUUAUUAUGAGGAGGGAAAAAUACGUAUCUCUCCAGCAGCUUCCUGCGCUCCUCAACAUUCCUUUUGGUCACACACUGUAUAAACCUCCGACUGCGCAUCCUCCCUGAAUCUCUCACUAUAAACACCUGCGUCGCUUUAAUAGGGGGGGAAACCUGUGAGGGAAUUUGCACGGCGCACGCGUCUACGCCCGCUCUCGCGCAUGUUAUAGAAGGUGUAUGGAGCCGCAGCAGCUGCUGAGGAAUAUAACAGAGUGUCAGUUCAUUCCCCCGUCACUGUGACUGGGAGCAACUGGAAUGAUUGGAGAACCAGUGAUCCACCAAACUACAAGACAGACAACAUAACAGUGAAAUAAUGGAAGAACAGUCUACCAGUCAGCCAUCCAGAUCAGGCUUUGUCCUGGCUGACUACGCAGUCUUUGUUGUCAUGCUGUUGGUGUCUAUGGCCAUCGGACUCUUUCAGGCCCUGAAGAAGAAGCCAAAGGAUGUCACUGCCGAUGACUUCUUCACUGGUGGUCGGAGUAUGCCGGCAGUGCCUGUUGGACUGUCGCUCUGUGCCAGUUUUAUGUCAGCAGUCCAGGUUUUGGGGGUUCCUGCCGAGGCUUCCCGCUAUGGCUAUAAAUUCCUCUACAUGUGCCUUGGACAAAGCAUCAACUCUCUGCUGACAGCUUACCUGUUCAUGCCAGUUUUCUUUCAACUUGGCAUCACCAGCACCAAUCAGUAUCUGAAGAUGAGAUUUGGCAGAGGAAUGCAGCUGUUGGGGAGUGUCCAGUUUCUUGUGGCAACGCUGCUUUACACAGGGAUUGUCAUCUAUGCGCCAGCCUUGAUCCUUAACCAAGCUACUGGACUCAAUAUGUGGGUGUCUCUGUUUUCUACUGGAAUCAUCUGCACCCUGUACACAACACUGGGUGGCAUGAAAGCUGUGAUCUGGACUGAUGUGUUCCAGAUCAUUGUCAUGCUGUUGGGCUUUGUGGCCAUUUUCAUCCAAGGCACAGUCCUGGUUGGUGGUCCUGCACUGGUACUGGAGAUCGCCUACAAUGGAUCACGCAUUAAUUUUAACGAUUUUGACGUGGACCCACGGCAACGCUAUACCUUCUGGAGCCUGUCUGUCGGGGGUGCAUUGGUUUGGUUGUCCAUGUACGGUGUAAACCAAGCUCAAGUCCAGCGAUACAUCUCCUGCAGAUCAGAGAGAGAGGCCCAGUGGGCACUGUUUGUGAACCAAGUCGGUUUAUGCCUGAUUGUGAGCAGUGCAGGAACCUGCGGCAUCAUCAUGUUUGCUUAUUACAUCAACUGUGAUCCACUGAAGUCUGGGAAAAUUUCUGCCCCUGAUCUGUAUAUGCCGUACUUUGUGUUGGACAUAUUCAAACAUCACCCUGGCUUUCCGGGUCUUUUCCUUGCUUGUGCGUACAGCGGGACUCUCAGCACGGCCUCCACAAGUAUCAAUGCCAUGGCUGCAGUAACGAUGGAGGAUCUGCUGCGACCUCGUCUGCUCCACAUGUCACAGAAGAAGCUGAUCCUCAUUUCCAAAGGACUGUCCUUCCUGUAUGGAGUUGGUUGUAUCACUGUGGCUGCUCUCUCCUCCUUCCUGGACUGGGGAGUUCUUCAGGGAUCGUUCACAGUCAUGGGCGUGGUGAGCGGUCCAUUACUGGGUGUAUUCAUUUUGGGGAUGUUUGUCCCAGCAACAAACAGGCUGGGGGCGUACUCAGGCAUAUUAGUGGGCUUCUGCGUCUCUCUGUGGCUGGCUGUUGGUUCGACUCUUUAUCCGCCCAGCGAGAAGACCAUGGGUAUCCUGCCCAGCUACACAGGCAAGUGUGAACCCAGCAACAUCACCCUGAACAGCAGCCUUGACCAGGAACAACACUCCAUCUCCAUCCUGCUUCACCCCAAUAACCAAGGGGGCCUGCUUAACUUCUACUCUAUGUCAUACCUCUACUUUGGUGCCAUGGCAACUAGUUCGGUCAUCCUUGUUGGGCUGAUAGUGAGCUAUGCCACAGGACCAACAAAGAGGAAUCAUAUUAAAGAGGGUUUGUUAUGGUGGGACCUGAAUAAAAAGCAAGUGGAGAUUCCAUCAGAGCGCAGAACUGGAACAGUGUCCAGGAUGUUUCCCUGCCUUCUGCAUAAUGCGUGCAGGGAUCAGCUGCAGCCCCCUAUGAGCCUGAACAGGAAUAACCGGGGAGACAAGGUGACAGAUAAACCACAGCUCAUGCCGUUGCGGGACCUGCACAAAGAGGAAGAAAAUAACAAAGAAGAACUAACAAAUGUUGGGAAUAUUAAAUCUCCGCUCAAAGUGUAGAUGUUGGACAAUUAAGGGGCUUUUAUUCCAAAUAGUAGCAGUAAUCAUCAAUGGUAUUUAUAGCUCUUUUGUCCCCUCUUCAAUUCGACUCUUUAUCCUCUUAGUUUUUGUUACUACACCUUUUCUCGGUUAAAUCUGCCCCACAUUUAGAGUUACAUGUAGUUGAAACAAGACUGUUUACAAAACUCUACAAAUGCCUUAAAAUGUGAUUGAAUAAUGAAGGUCUUUAAUUUUGUGCCAUGGAAGGUGUAGUACUCAAAUACCUUCCUGUGCUAUUUUAUUUCCUUAAAUGUUGAAAGGUUCUUUCAUCAAGAAGUUCAUUUUGGUAUGUUCCACAUCUGUAGUAAUGCACACCAGUUCUUCAACUAGUGUUGAUGGCGGCAGCUUAGGAUGAACUGUCUCUUGUUUCCUUGUUCUCUACUCUGUGGGCAUGUCUUUUUAAUUCCUUUUGUUACUGAAAUGAACCUAAAACUUCCUCUUAAAGGGACACUUUUUUUUAAACUUUUUUUUGACAUAAAGUUUUAUGACUCUUGUAGAAAUAUUUGCUGAUAUGACGCCUAUCCAUCUCCUCAACAGUAUGGCUUGCCAGAUUAAUAUGAACUGCAGAAAACAUGGCAAAGCUAUCAGAAGUAUUUCACGCCACAAUAAAUCUUCCAACAAGAUAACUAGCUCAUCCAGUCCACCCAUAUAAGUAGAGACCUGUCACACAAACAUAAGCAGCAGAUAGCACCAUUAAUUAACUGUCAACAGUAUAACCCAAUGCAACAUAAAUAGCAGAAUUGAACGUGAAUAAAUGCCAGUACAUCCUGGAGUGGAUGGAGAGGAAGUAGCCCAAAAAGUAUCUUCUGUUGUGGAUGGUUUAUUAAUGGUGCUUUGUGGAUAAAAAUGCUACUGUUCAUAUUUGUCUUGCAAGCCACCAACUGACUCCAGUUUUAAUAGAGGACUUGUAACAUUAAAGUGAGACUAGGCUAUAUGUAACAUUUCAAAGCACAAAUAACCAAAGCAUCGUCUUAAAAAUGAAAAGUUGAGUUCAUAAGCAAUCAAAUACCCUUGCUCAAUUCAAUACACCCAGGAGUUUUGCUGCUACACCCUUACUUGGUAGGGGUCUGGUCUGUUACUUGAUCUGGUGUGGCUAAUAGAUUUGGUAGCUAAUGUUAGCUUCUGACUUAAUGACUCCUCUAUACUGUUCACUACAUUUGAACAUGUAUAUUUAUAUUUGCCAUUUGUUGCCACAGUUGCUGCUGUUCAGCAAAAGUUAUAUCACUUCGCUUAAAGUCCCCCUCCACUCUUGUUCCUUCAGUUGGAGGUUUAAGCUUCAC